AUGACUAACAAAUUUGCCCCAGCAUGGAACAAGUUUGUGGUGGAGUUCGGGGAGGCACCAAUGCUGCAUACACCCAUCGACAACAUGAUACAGCGGUGGGAGGUCACUUUAAAUAAAUUGGUCUCAGUGUACGGAAUUCCACCACCAGACCAGUCUAUCCAAACAGAAGAGACAAAUCUGGAGAAUUGCUGGGCCAGGAUAUACACACCGCCCAAUCCAUCAGAAUACGAUCCCGUCGGCCUGUAUUUCCAUGGCGGGGGUUGGUCAAUGGGAGGCGUCGACCAAGAAGACAGCACAUGUCGUUUGAUCAGCAAGCAAUGUCAAAUGAAAAUAGUGAGCGUUGAAUACCGCUUAGCGCCCCAAUUCAAGUAUCCUAAAGGGCUUGACGAUUGUGUCGAAGGAACAAUAUGGACUCUGGAGCACUUCAAUGUCAAAAGCGUAACGCUUAUUGGAACAUCAUCGGGUGCAAACUCCGCAUUUGGAGUUGCUUUACGGCUAAUAGAUCAAGGGAUGGCGGACCAUGUAAAGGGUGUCAUUGCUUUGGCACCCUGCACAGUUCACCCAGAUGCUGUACCAAGUGACAUGAAGGCAAGAUACACAUCCUAUGAUGAGCAUGCCUAUGACACUGUUAACACGGCACCUGUCAUGCGGGAGUUCUGGCAUGCUUACGGUGUACCUCCAUCAGAUCCUUAUGGAUCAAGUCUACUUCACUCGAGGUUGGGACUAUUGAACAAGGUAUACAUCGCGGAGUGCUGUCUGGAUACUUUACGAGAUGAUGCAAGGCUUAUGAAGGAAGUACUGGAAAAGGAAAAUGUGCAACUGCGAUACAGUUCUUACCCUGGCUAUCCUCACUAUUCUUGGUCUUAUCCCUCUACGCAUCUAGAUGAGCAUCGCAAUGAGUUUAAUAAUAGCCUCAUGGAGGCUGUGAAGUGGAUGAAUCGAGAAUAG